ACAGCCCCUCCCUCCCUCCCUCCCUCUCUCUCCAAUCCUUGAGGAGCGAGCUCAAGCUGAAGUUCUCCAUCGGGCUCUCUCCGACGCACCAUUCCUCACCGUUUUGACUCGGGGUCGGCCUCGUUUACUCUCUACGCUCCGGCGGAAGCCGUGUCACGCUCGGAUCUGCGAUGCUCGAUUCUGAUCGUUGAUUGCAUCGAAUCAGGCACGGUCUCAUCUCCAGACCCGGACCCGACUCUCCACCCGGUAGAUCUCCGAAUCCGCGUGUCGUUCUUCUACUCCGGUCAGACCUUGAAAGCUUUCUAGAAUCUCGAAAAAGGAUUAAGUCAUUUUCAAGGCAUGGAGUUGAGAAGUUGCAUCCACUUGCAUUCUAUCCAGGCAAUUAAAAAUGGCCAUGUGACCAAAGUCCUAAAUGUAACACAUGGAAGACCAGCACUUUCAUUCAAGAAAGUUGCUGAUUUAUGUGGCUCAAGAGAUGUCAAAGAGCACAUUAACUUCCGAAAGUUUGAGCCAAAAGAUGAGCUUGAUGUCUCAGAUUUUGAUGACGAUGAUGAUGUCAGAGGAGGAUUAUAUCCUGACAUGGUGGGAAGAAAAACAACUCAAUCCAACUUAAAUUGUUCAAAGUUCAGUCGUGUUGAUGAAAAGAAUAGCCUUCUAGAUGAUUUUUGCCUGCGGAAUAUGACGUUGAAUCAAAUUAAAGAGAGAUGUAAAAUGCAGAAACGGAAACGAUUCUUGUGUGAAGAUUCCAGUGCAAUUGAUGAUGAUUCUCGCACUCCUAAAAGGGAGGCUCAUUCUCACUCUCUUUCUGAGGAAGCUGAACUUGACCUCGAGGAGCCUUUGAUUAAAUGGAUAGCCAAAAUUAAGAACUUCAAAGGCAAGAAGGUUUCCCCUAAAAAGUGCAGAGAUUCAUCAUGUCAAAGAGCCAAAGUAGUUGUCAGAGCAGAACAGAUCCCAUCUCCUCAACCAACCCUGCAAUCUGACGGGAAUUUACUAAUGCCUAUAUCUGUAAAAGUUGAGGAUGAGGCCCAUGACUAUGAUUUAAACUCACAAGCUGGAGUUGGUGCUCCCAGAGAUUCCUUAGCAGCUGUCAAUGGUGGACAAUCCAGCUCCUCCGUUGCAGUUUCCGGUGAAGUGCCUAACCUGGCUAAUGAGUCUUAUCAGGAUAAUUUGAUUUCUGUCGCCGAAGAAUCCGAGAUUUGUGGUCUCAAUAAAGUGCCAUAUGAAGACGUGGAUCGUGCCACGUUGGCAUCUGAGUCGUCCAACCUUGAUGUGGCAAUUUCAGUGGUCAGCUACUUGGAAGUACCGAGGUUGAAUUAUCAUGAAUCAGAUAUACAUAAAUCAGAGGCACGAGACAAAGCAUGUCAUACAAAUUUCCUCAGCCUUGAAGCCCCUUCUCAAAGUUCUGUGAAUGGCUUUUGCUGUAAUCCCAACAGCUGCGAAGAUUAUUUGUCGACACACACUAUGACAUUACACCUAAGCAGUUCCAGUCCAGAUCCAGAUGGGUCCUCUCGCAGCAGUCAGCCCACAAAACAACCCUGUGGAGAUGACGUAGGCAUGUCUCAGGAUGAUGCUGGAGAGAAUAUGCUUUAUGAUCAUGAGAGAAUUUCUAAGAAAAGCAUUGUCUGUGAUUGUAACUCAGCUUGCAAUGCAAAUCUGAAUCCAAGUUGUGCUGUCUGCUCGGAUUCUCCUAUCGAUGUGGAGAAACAAUCUCAUAUAUGUACUGGUGAUGAUGAUGCAGAAAUCAGCUGCACCGCAGACCCUCCUUGUGAUGUUGCUGAUUAUCCUACAACCUUGCAAAUGUUUGAAAAGUUUAGUCAGUUGGAGUUACAUUGUGCACGCGGGGGGUUGUUUUCUGCAAGAAAGGUCAUAUCUCCAACUUCUCAGGAAAGACUGCGUAAAUUGAUGGGUGCAACAGAGUCAAAUGAUGAUUGUUAUGGAUAUAAGGGAAAACUGUACUCACAGAAACAGAUGGAGAGGUCGUCUGUGGGAGUUGAAAGGUUCAAACUGGUCAGAAGGGCUGAACUACCUCCAAACCCCAAACAUAAGAAACUAAAAGGCAAUAAAAAAGGAUCACCACCUAAAGGCAGUCACAAAGAUUUUAAUCUAUCUGGCACCGUACCGCGUAUAAACUCCACUCAGAGCUGUUCUCAGAAUGCGAUUGCAUUCUCUCAACGGCAGAUGCAAGACAUUGACAAUCUUGCUACAAAACUCAUGACCGAGUUGAAUGUUAUGACAGAUAUUGUGGAAGGGAACUCGUGUGCUGAUAGCUGUCUUACAGGAACUACAAAAUAUACAACAUAUGAGGUAAAGACUGCCAUUGAAAAUGCCAGUAAAGUGAAAGAAACCGCACGGAAGUGGCUUUCCAUGAUGUCGAGGGAUUGCAACCGUUUUUGCAAAAUAAUGAGAUCAACUGAGGAUUGUAAUCCUAUGAUGGAACAUAGGGUUCACAAGGAAAGAAAGAAGAUUACAUUUGCUGACGAAGCUGGUGGCGAGCUAUGUCAUGUCAAGUACAUUGAGGACAGCAUGGCUUCCCUCCUGGCAUCAGAUAAUGAAAAAGAGGAAGCGACGGUGGAGUAAUUGGUUUUUCUCUUCUUUACCUUCAUCUGCAAUUCAGGGGCGGUAGGAGAACGUUUACUGGUGCUUCUUGAGGAAUUGGAUCCUCUAGGUGUAGAGCCCGAGUUGCCUCAACUCAUUCUCGCGAAGAGGAUAGAGAUUAGAGAGGUGCACUUGGACAAUGCUCAUAGGGUUGAGUAGAUCUUGUCCAAGCUGUACAUACCCUGAUUUUUGCUGUAACUCCUCGCAUGGGAAUGCUCCCCUGUUUGUACUAUUUUCUCCUCCUCUGUCUGUUAAUUCGACGAGAUUGUGCAAACAAUAGAUCAUGCUAUAAGGUGUUUUGGAGGCAUGACGCGCUUUAACGACUAGUGAGUUUUGAUAUCGUUUCGUUGCUUUCA